AUGGCGUCGAGCCAGCUGUUUGACCGGUACAUUGCCCAGUCUCAGUCCCGGUCUCGUUCAGACUCUUCCAACUCGUCCAUUCUCUCUGGUGCGCUUUCUCCGCCACCCAGAGCCAGAAAACCUAGCUCGCCGCCCAGCACUCGCUUGGAUUCUGCCGCAUCCUCGCCCGUAGUCCAGCCCCGCACAGUCGACGCCCCAAAGCUCAGCUCGACACACGCAGACGUGUCCAAUUCCCGCUCGUCGUCGCCGUUUGUCGACGGCGAAACGCUCACAAGGUCGGUCGGGGCUCACAGUAGCCAACGGCCAACGCAUCAUGCGGCAAACUAUUCUGAAUCUAUUACCUCGCUCACGUCCUACUCUAAUUUGUUCUACGAUGCCCGCGAGGACGCCUCUCCGAGUCCCAAGCCACCGUCCGACUCGAACAGAGAGUCCCAGAUUCACGAUUUCGACGAAGAGGGGUCAAUAAGCAACUAUUCCGAUCUCCUUUAUCCAGAACUACAGUCGACGACGACGGCGUCCCAGCCCUCCCCUCGACUCUCCAUCGACGUCCAUGGGCCCCCACCACGACGCCGCGUUUCGUCGUUUAACAGCCAGGAAGGCCCAGAGAGUCCUGUAGAGUUUGCCACGAUCACCGGUGUCUCUCCCGUUAUGCCCGUCUUUCCAGAGACAGAGAUCAAUCCUAUAUUGCCACCCCAACUCCAACAUUCUCGAAACGGCAGAAGCAAGAAGCUCGCGUUCGAAGAGGGUCGUCGAGACAGCUUUAUCGAUUUUGACCCUCCUGCAAAUGGGAAUAACGCUCAACCUGCAGCAGUGAGAACCAAGCCAUCCAUGCCAGACGAAAUGCCCAUAUUUACCGUGCGCCAUGCUAUUCAGUCGCAGAACAGGUCCCUCGGCGAUUACAAGACGCUUGUCGACGAGGUUGAGGCAAGGCGCCCAGAUUUCGAUCUCGAGUCCCCCACAGAGCCACGGCAAGUGCUCGUAGAUGGUUCUGACAAGCGGAAAGCAGCGACGCCCACACCAGACUUGGCCAACCCCCUCCCACCGACAUCCAAUCUGCUCGAGCCCCAGGAGCGCAAGGAACGAUUAAAGCAAACGCGCAAAAUUGUACAAAUGCUCGGUCCUACCGCAAUCCCAGCAGCCCAAGCCUCUCCACGAGCAAUGUCUGCCUCCCCUCAUCGCUUUACUCGGUCCGACAGUCUGCCGACUGAAAGCCUGAACGUUCAGGCUUUACGUGAGAAUCGUCACCAAGGAGAUGAAGAACGAUCGACGACGACGACACAUGUUUUGGUGUCAAAGUCAAGUUGGGGACCGCUCAAUCAGAGCACCAUCUUCCUAAAUGCAAAUGGACGUCGCCAUUCGAGUCCGUUGAGCCCAACGCUCCACGAUCCCGAGUAUUAUCAAUCAAGGGAUGCGGAAACGGCGAGCUUGAGCUCCCUUGGAUCCAUCAUCGAGCCCGCAGACGAUAAGCAGACGCAUACCCCUAGGAGUGGGAGUCCCACGAGCUUUAUCGAACUAUGGUGGGAAGAAGAUGAGGGAGGGAUGAGGACACCGAAACGACGUCUGUCAGUCGAGCGUGUCAUCGUAUCUGACAUGGAAUCUCAGGACCAGCACUUGGACCGUGGGGCUUCUGCCUCCGGGACCACCGAGAUUUCAGGGAUGGCGCCGCUCCAAUCAAAGAAUCAUUUCAUUUCUUCCGAGUCUAUCUCAGACGACGAGGGACAUCGACAAAAGGGAGAUUGGAAGGACGAAGAGUGGCAGCAAGAGAGACAACGGAAACGACAACAGCUUGCCAAGAUUCAUCGAUAUCUCGGUUCCAAAGUCCCGGCAGAGCUCGUUACCGGUUUCAGUUCUGCCACCAUGGAGAAAAUGAUGGUGCCACCGGUGCCUGCUGUCCGUCCACGCGCAACUGAUAAUGGACCCGUGAGCAAUGUCAAGGAAUGGCAAAAACGACGAAGGAGCUCCAGCGCCGCUCAAAUGGAAGCUGGGGAUCGCCGAGGACGACCCGCGCCCGUUCGAAAUCUGUCCGAAACGCUUUCUUCGUCUGAGAAGAUGGCCAUCAUAAAGCGAGCUCAGAAGAUUGAGCAGAUCUUUGGCGAACAGCCUACCCGGCCCCUGUCCAUGUCCCGUGCAUCACCGACUACAGACGCACAGUUUACGCGACAGGAGCCCAAGUCGGCGCCUAUCAAGCCUAUUAUGGAAUACCCGGUCACGAACCCCAAGACGAAUGGCUACAAAGCGGGGUCGCCGUUUCCCAAGAAGGAUGGUCGACCUUCGACUGCGGGUUCAUCACGGCCAUCAACGGCGCAAUCGACUACUGGUCUUCUUUCCGCUUACAGCAAAGACGUGGAGAGGGAACGAAGGGCGCGCCAGAAACCGAUCAUUAUCGAAGUCGAACAAACACAGACUGUGGACAUCUAUCCUUCUCCGUUCCCCAUCGGCACGGCGUUAGGCUCGCCAUGGGAAGACAUGUAUGAAGAUGUCAUUGACAUCUCGGCGGCCAACCAACCUACGCAACCCUCCAAGGCGGCAGUCCUACCCGGCGUUCCGACAUCUCGUCAAUUCCUCGAUUACCGCACGAGUUUGAAUUCUCUUGGACGCAUUCUCGAUCAGGACGAUCGGCAAUCUCUGAAUGAACUACAUGCGGUGCUGGACAAUAGUGAUGACGAAGACGAGGCGGAGAAUGGCUUGCACGGUAAUCUUCACCACCGACGCCCGCAGCUAUCCUCGACGAAUGACAAGAAUGCCAUUGUCGAUCCACGGCCUGAACGGACCAUUCAGUAUCGCGCGUCCCUCGCGUCGAUCAAUACUAUUGCAUCGACGUCGACCUAUGCCACGCUGACGCCCGAACCAAUGACGUUCCAGGCGCGUCGCAAGCGUGCAGCCAAGCUCGCUCACUUUUUCGGCGCGUCGUACCGCGACCUGUUUGGCGAGGUGCUCGAUAGGAUUGAACGCGGCAUGCUCGAAGAGGCGACCAGAGGUGAGAUGUCACAAGAAGAGGUCAAGCACCUCAUGAAGCAACUCGACAAAUUAAAGAAGCGGCAUUCUCAACUGGAUUAA